CAUAAUAAUACACUCCCUCAAAACAAUUCGAAUAUAUUGAUAUUUCAGAAUAGGGUUUUCAUUAACCCAAACCAUUCGUAUUCCACCUCUAACUUCGCUUCCAACCCUUCGAAUUCCGCCGCAUCUAUCGCAUCUAUCGAUCUGUCGUACUCCUGAGCCUAGUUUCUUCUUCAUCGUUCAUCGCUUAACAUCGUCCAUCGUUCCUAGUCAAUCUUUCAUCGGUAGUAUUUCCGAGAGAUAAGGUUCUUCAGAUGGGGUUCUAUCAAAUGAUGGCAUAAUAUAUUGUCCCAAAGAAAUGGUGGUAGAAUUGAUUGCUCACUCAUCAUCUGGGAGCGUUAUUAGCAGCAGUUUUGUUGUGCCAUUAUUAACCGUUUUCAUCAUUGCAUUACCAUUAACCUUUUUGAUAAUAUAUGAUGAGUAUAAGAAAAAAAAUUAAAAAUAAUUUUAUAAAAGAAUACUAACCAUGUCCUUCAUUUUCAUCAACCGGCCGUGCAACUCGACAAAGGGCGUAAUAUAAAAAAUCAAUUCAGAAUUUGCUCUCUAAAAGAGUAAAAGAAUUCGAUGGCAAUAUGCCUUGGAUGAAAAUUAGAUCAUAGAUAGAUGGUCAGAGCAAGAAUAGAUGACUAGCAUCAUUGCAGAGGGCGAUGGUGGUGUGCCUUGGAAGAAAUUGAAGGAAAACAAAGGGAGUUAUCUUUGGAUGUAGAAGAUGAAGAUAGUACUUUCCAACUCGUGGUUAAUAAAGAAGGAAUCUGGGUUGAAUACAAAGAAGGGAAGUAGAGAAAAGUGGGAAGACAAGGAACACAACUGUCAACUGCACACACAUUGGGCAAUGCAGUUUCUUUCAAACAGUGCCAAUAGCCUCCACUACACCCACCAGUCCACACCACACCACCCCUUUCUACCCGAGAAAACCUCCAUGCUCUUUUUGGUUAAACCUCUUUCUAAAAUUUCAAGCCCUUUCAUUUGCCUUUUCUUGGAUUUGAUAUGACCCUUUCUGUUCAAGCUGAAUAAUAAAGCUCUCUCUUUCCCUCCUCUCUUUAUCUCUCUCGCUGCUAUUUUGCAUUCAAUGCCAUUUCAAUUUCCAGUGCGUUGUUUCUUACUGUAGAUUAGAUGCAUUUAAGGUCCGCUUCCAUUUUCUCUAGUAGUUCUGCAUCCUGUACCCUGUCUGCAAGAUUCAGCUUUUAAUCCACACUUCUUCAUAGUUAAAAUCUAUUCCGAAUCUUUGUUGAGCUAGCUAGUUUGAAUGGGUGCUUCUGGGAAAUGGGUGAAAGCUUUGAUAGGAUUCAAGAAACCUGAAAAAGAUGACCACCAUGAGAAGAUGCCUGGGAAGAGCAAGAAAUGGAAGAUAUGGAGGGGCCCACCAGGAGAUCAAGGGGGUGCUGGUUCUUCAUUGAAGGGUUUGAAAGGGUACCACCGGAUUUAUGAAGGGUCAGUUUCUUCAACAGUGAACAAUGAUGCUUUCACGGCUGCCAUGGCCACUGUUGUUAGAGCUGCCCCCAAGGACUUCAAGGCUGUGAGGCAAGAAUGGGCUGCCAUUAGGAUUCAAACUGCUUUUCGUGGGUUCUUGGCAAGGAGGGCAUUGAGGGCGUUAAGAGGGUUGGUGAGGCUUCAAGCUUUGGUGCGCGGGCGGCAAGUGAGGAAGCAAGCCGCGGUCACCCUUAGGUGCAUGCAGGCAUUGGUUCGCGUGCAAGCCCGGGUUAGAGCUCGUCGAGUUCGUAUGUCCAUGGAGGGGCAGGCUGUGCAGAAGGUGAUCGAAGAGCACCGCGGCAAGCUCGACUGCUUGAAACAGGCUGAGGAGGGAUGGUGUAACAGUAGAGGAACACUUGAAGAGGUGAAGGCCAAGAUACAAAUGAGGCAAGAGGGAGCUUGUAAGAGAGAGAGGGCACUUGUCUACUCCCUAGUUCAGAAGGAGAGGCUGGUCCAGAACUCAGACUCUCAAACGACUAUCUCCUUUCCCUCUUUAAAGACUUACAAUUUGGACAAGAACAGCUGGAGCUGGUUGGAACGAUGGAUGGCUGCAAGGCCAUGGGAGAACAGACUGAUGGAGCAAACUCAAACCCCAACCGACCCAGUAGAAACAACCCCAAACUCCAAUUCCAAGAAGACUUGCUUCGUCGAUUCUUCCGCCAAGGAAAAUCAUUUUGAACCAUUCUCUGUUACAGUCAGAAAGAACAACGUAACCAAACGGAUUUCAGCCAAACGUUCAUCUUCUAGCCCUAGUUCCGAAUUCCGGUAUGACGAGAGUCAUGUCCAGAGUUCCGCUUCUUCUUCCCUCUGCACAUCCACAACUCAAAUCUCAGGGAACUCAGGGGAUAGAUCGGUGGAGAAGAACAGCCGUGUGCCGAAUUAUAUGAGCUUGACUCAGUCAACUAAGGCGAAGCAGAGAAAUAGCAGAUUCCUUAGACAGUCCAUGGACGAGUUUCAGUUUCGUAACCUUCAUAAAUCUGGCGAUUUCAGUAACGCAGGGUCUGAUCUUUCGUCUGCAAAUUUGUCUAGGCCCUUCUGUCUACCUACUCGAAUGGAUAAAUUCGCUAAGUGAGUGAAAUUCUUCCCAACUUGUAAUCGAAUAUGAAUCCGUUUGAUGUGAGACAUUGGAAAUGUGAUCUAAGAUUUUUCAUCUUUGUAAAAUUAUGAGUUUUAUUAUUUAUUCCUGCAUAAUAUGAUCCAUUUUUCUGCUGCAUUACAUUAGAGUCAUAUAAAGAAGAAAAAGUAGGUCGCAGAUCUUCAAGUCAUUCUUUCUUUCAUGUACGGCGGAUGGCUUGGAUCUUGACGCCGUGCUUGAAGUUUAAAACUAUGCCGUACUGCAUCUCCAGAGGGCCAUCCAUGAGGGGGGAGCGUCGAAAUAUGUACUUUUUGUAUAAAUGGAUGAGGGCGAGUUUGAUUUCUUGCAAGGAGAACUUCUGUCCUAAACAUCCUCUUGGCCCUAUUCCGAAAGGAAUGUGUGCAUAAGGAUGUCUUCCUUUUUCUUCUUCACAACUUGGAUCGAAUCUCUCUGGCUUGAACUUUUCGGGUUCUGGAAAGUUCUUGGGAUCUUUAGCCAGAACUCCAAGGGCUAGCCAUACCCAUGUCCCCUGCUCAAUGUUAAAUACUUAAAUGUGAAUGGAAAAUCAAACUGAACAUUUAGAAUUUGGGGACUUGGAGUUGCGAAUACCUUUGGGAGGCUGUAACCUCCAAUCUCUACUGGUGCUGAUGUCUCUCUUGCAACUAGUGGUGAAACUGUGUAGAAUCUCAUUGCCUCUUUAAUUACCUAAAUGUAUUGUGAUUGGAAACAUGAGUUUGUGUGCUAAUUACUUGUGUAAACAUAGGUAACACUAUAAGAGUGUUUUGUAAAGUUAAUUGGCUGAAAUUGUGGAAGCCAGUGAGUUUUUGGAAGGAAAAACAGUUUACAAAAUAGAUUCAAUCAAAUAAGUAAAUCAAAUGAUUCUCUUGUUGAAUGUUGAUAAGCCAAUUUGUGUCACCAGACACAAUACAUAUUGCAAAACCCCUUGACUCAUUUGAGAUUAGUGAACUCCUAUUUUCUUUAACGACUUCAAUUUGAAGUGGGUCUUCUCUCAACAAGAAUAAUGAAAUAUGGAUGAAUCCUUUUGAGCAAAGGGGUGUAUUAAAGUGUCAUAUGGGAUGUUUAUCAUAUUACGUCUAAUAACAUUUCAGUACGACUAAAAUCUCAUCUCUUUAGAGGAUCUUUAUAGAUGAGCUUGUUAAGCCUAAUAAUAUGGAUAUAGCUAUGCAACAAAAACAAGGAGGUAGAGAUUUGCCUGAUCAAUAUAUGGAAACUUUGUCUGAAGAUCAUGGGCGCUCGGCACCUGAUCAGCUGAAAGCCCAUCUACCUCUUCGACCAAUUUUUUUUCAACCAGUGGAUGACCGGAAACCAGGUAGAUAAUUGAAGACAAUGUGAAAGAAGUCGUUGCAGAACCAGCCAAUAAGUGCUCAUAAGUCACUGCGCUAAUAUAAUCAGAGGUAAAAACAUUCUUUGCCACUUUCUCGGACUCCACCUCACUCAGGAUAAGGGACAACAAGUCCUUCGUCCCACGCUCCUUUUCUUCCCUUCUCUUUGCAACAAUGUCGUCAAGUCGCCUGCUAAGGUCCUUGUUUGUGUUCUCCACUUUCCAGUCCAUUGUUCCGGGGAUCCUCUUGAGGAUUUGCCGAAACGGUUCCUGAAGAAUGGGGACGAUUAGACCCAAGAUGAUGGAGAAGGAGCCAGACAAGUCCAUCUUGAGCUGUGUUGUGGAGUAGAUAUGCUGGUUGAGGAACUCUUGGAUUCCAUUGUCAAGCGACUCUUUGUCCUCUUUGGGGGGUUUCGACAGACCAAAGUCAACUCCAAAUGCAGCCUGCCCAAUAACAUCAGUGGCUAAUUUGAGGGAGAGGUUAGAAAAGGUGAAGUCGUCCCCUUUAGAAUCAAGAUUCUGAGUCGCGGAUUCGAUGAAUGAUUGCAUAGUUGGGACCAGCUUGGCCAGGUGAGAUGGCUGGUAGAUUGACACUAGUGUGUUUCUCAUUGAUGACCAUCUUGCAUCCCUG